CAGUGUUUUUGCAGUCCUGAUAGCAACCACUUCCAUUCUGUAGAUCUGAAGUAAAGAUAAAAUAGCAUCAACUGGAGAAACCUCAUGAAAAGUCAUGAAGAAGAUCCUAAUAAAACCACUUACAUCAAAUGGAUCUUUCAAUGUGAAAAUGUACCCAAAUGAGCGAAGAGUCAUUCAAGUGUUCCAGGUUUUUGGACUGAUGUCAGUUGCUGCGCUCAUUGUUGUGAUAAUAAACUACAUCAUGAAGCCUUCCACUGUAAUCUUUGCAAGGGAUGAAGAUAUGAAUCUUAGCAGCUACCUGAACAGGAAUGAUGAUCAAAACACUGGAAGAGACCAAAUGCAUAAGAUGGACAGCCAUCCCACCUAUAACGAUUUGUGCAAUUUUCAGCUGGUGGAAAGCCUUCCAUGGGACAUGCCAUAUGGACCAAAUAGUAGUGCUGCAAAACCUUUAUACCAAGCAUGGAUGGAGCUCUUAAAUAUGACUCAGGAAAGCAUUCACAUGGCUUCUUACUAUUGGACAUUGACCGGAGAAGACAUUGGGGUCAAUGACACAUCAUCUAAGCAGGGUGAAGAUAUUCUCAAAAAGUUUGAAAGCCUGCUUUUGAAGAAUAUUUCUGUGUUCAUUGCAACCAGUUUGCCACCUAAGAUUAAACAAUCCACUGAUCUUGAGGUCCUGGAGAGAAAAGGGGCCCAUGUAAAAAGGAUAAAUUUUGGACGGCUGACCCAAGGUGUCCUACACACCAAAUUCUGGAUAGUAGACAUGAAACACAUAUUUCUUGGUAGCGCGAAUGUGGACUGGAGAUCCCUGACUCAGGUGAAAGAGCUGGGUGUUUUGAUCAGUAACUGCAGUUCUUUAGCUAAUGAUCUUUGGAAAACCUUCAAAACAUAUUGGGAUCUUGGGGAGCCAAAUGCCACCAUCCCAUCUCCAUGGCCAAGCAAUUAUUCUACCGAUAUUAAUAGGGAGAAACCUUUGGAAAUACACUUCAAUGGAACCUCCACCAAAGCAUAUUUUUCUGCUUCUCCAUCUUCAUUUUGCCCAGGGGGUCGUACCUUUGACCUUGUAACAGUUCUUGAUGUUAUCUAUGAUGCAGAAGAAUUUCUCUAUAUCUCCAUGAUGGAGUACUUUCCUACAAGCCGCUUCAGCCACCCACCAAGAUACUGGCCACCCAUCGACAACGCUCUCAGAAAUGCGGCACUUGGCCAUAAUAUACUGAUACGGCUUUUGGUCAGCUGCUGGAUCCAUACUGAUCCGUCCAUGUUUCAUUUCCUGAAAUCACUGAGUGUCCUCAACAAUCCAAGCACUAACAUCACCAUAGAAGUGAAAAUCUUCAUUGUACCUAUUGGAAACUACACCAAUAUUCCCUAUGCGAGACUGAAUCACAAUAAAUACAUGGUUACUGAGAAGGCAACCUAUGUUGGAACUUCUAAUUGGGCAGAAGAAUACUUCACCAACACUGCGGGUGUGGGACUGAUCGUUAGCCAGUCUUCAAUAGAUCCUGCAAGGAAGACUCCAACAAUACAGGAACAACUGAAGAUUCUUUUUGAACGAGACUGGAAUUCCAGAUACUCAAUAAACAUGGAAGAUUUGCCUAGACAGAAAGAUUGUACUUGGAAAGAUUGAUAUAUACAAUUAAAAGGAAACUAGAUUACUUUUGUUGGUGAUAUUU